AUGGGCUCGCCGCCUGACAAUUGGUGGGAGCAGAUUUUCAAGCGGUCGUCACAGAUCGCCCAGGCCGCGGGAACUCUCAAGGAGGGGAAGCAUUGCUUCCCCCUGUCACUUUGUUUUCCGCAUUCCACAGCUGACCCCCACUGCGAGACCAUUUGCCUCCCACCGUCGACAGGGAUCAACACUGCCGGCCUGAAAGUUACCGUCGCCUACGUGUUGAAAGUGAAAAUUCAACGACAAGGGAUUCUUCGUUUCAACACUGUCAAGAAGACAGAACUACUCUUCCGGCCCCUGCCUCAAUUUCGAGUUAUUUCGCCGACCAUCGGUGAUUGCUCGUCCACUUCUUCCAUCGCAGCCGAGGAACUGGAAUCUCCGCAGCCGCUGGCGCAGGUCGGGAGUACCCUGCCGGCAUACAGCCCUUCCCUGCAGCUGAAGAUGACCAUUCCGGCGCCGCCGGUGCUAAACCCCCAUAAGCCUCUAGCGUUGGCUAUGGAGGUUUGCGUUCAACCUGACUUGAUGCAGAGGCUGGGGCCAAUCUCACUACGGAAUCUGGUGCUGCGCCUUCGCACCACUACGGCAGUAUGUGUGGGCCAGAGCUCGCGAGAGGACGUCAAGUAUGAUCCCAUUUGCGGUAUUGUGGGCGAUAUACCGAUUGCUCCUGCGGAAGGGCAAAAUGGCUUUUCGCUUGACCCCGGCAUUUGGAAAAGCCACGUCGUCCCACUCGUUUCACCAACCUUUGGAUCUUCCGUGCUUUCAAUCAGGCAUGCUUUGGAGGUUAUCUGUGGGUUUUCCACAGGUACACACAAGAGGAUUCAGUGCUUGCGAACGGGCGUUGAGGUAAUUAUCGCGGAUGCAGAGUUCAACGACCCCCCGCCGGCUUAUGCCAUGAUCAAUGGUAUUGAGGAACUGGCCUGCUCCUCCAGUGACGACUUGUAA